AUGGCGCACACGAUCUUGGAGAAGCUGCGCCGGCGCUCCAAGGCGAGCUUCAAUAAAAAUAGUGACCAAAGCACCGACUCGAGCACUGAUGGAUCGGGAAUAGCUACACAAUCCUCUUCAACUGUCAAUUCGGCCAGUGGGGGAGCUACCCCGCCUCUGCUCACCAAUUCCACCUCGAGCUCCGACCUGCACAACUUGGGCACUCUUCCACCUCCAACACGACCAACUCUCUCGACAGCUUCAAGCAGCAAGAGACAAAGUGUAUCGGGCAUGUCUGGACUGGGCAUGCAAUCGCCUCAAUCGCCUCCCUCCUCUCUCCCUUCUUCGCCAUAUGCGCCUAGGAUUACAUCCAUCAAUGAUAAGCAAUGGGUCUAUCAAAAGACAAUCUUAAUAUCUGGAAUCAUUGGAGAUCCAUCGACUCUGGCACUAGACGGCAAUAUCAUCGUAACCAGAUACGACGAUGCCUUUCCUCCGUUGACAUUCAAGGUUCACGGGUCACACUUCAAGACCUGUCUCCCUCUUAUGCCAGGCAAGAACGUACUACGUUUUGACUUCACAUCACCGAAACUGUCCAACAACAGCACGUCGAACCCGAUACACUCUACAACCAUUACGUUGCAUAUGAUACCACCACAGAGUGGCCCGCCUGUUCAAUUGGUCAUCCUUCUUGCUAGUGAUUCCCCUGCUACGUUUGAUGCUCCCCCAGGGCGCAUAGAGAAGGAAGGUAAUGGUCUUGACGUUGCUAUUCAGAAGUUCAGGAUGACGGGAUAUCUUUGGCAAGCCUUCACAGCAGAGAAUAUGAGUCGCAACAAGCUACAACGAAGAACCUUCAGAAUGGAAGAGGAAUGGGUGACUGGGACCUCGAACUAUCGAGACCGGCAGAAUAAGACGAUGCGUUCCGAAGCAAAAGUUCACAUUGUUCGUUGCGACAAAACGGUCAAAGAGAUUCAGGAUAUCGAACGAGCGCAGCAAAACCCGAAUGGAACAAAAACUGGAGAUCUACUGACGAUUGCGGCUGAGGCUAUGAAAAACUAUUUCCAGCCAUUGCCAAACCAGACACAAUUGUGUGCUGUAUUAUUGCUGGACUCCCAUUGGGACAAGGAACGAAAUCUUAUUCGUGGUCAUGCCGCUGUGACUGGCUCUGCCCAUGGCGUCAACGUGGCUCUCUUCGGAUCACACGCGCUCCACAGCUAUCCUUCUUGCUUCGAAGAGAUUGUCCCUGCAUUCACGGAUUGCACGCCAACCGAUACCAAUCAUGUCGCGAAUGACUGCAACGAGUCGGGAAGUAGUUGGGAGGCAGCGAAUAUCGGCAUAGGCGCACAUUUGCACGAGCUUGGACACUUGUUUGGCUGUCCUCAUGAAGAGCGCGGAAUCAUGCUUCGCGAUUAUGUGACUUUCAGUCGUUCGUUCAUAACCAAUGAGCCGUACUCGACUCGGACCAAAUUCAAAGCUGGUCUCGUGCUGCGUGAAGAUGAGUGUGCAUGGCACCGUUUGGAUACUCUACGCUUCAGAAGCCAUCUUAGCUUUGCUCUUCCGAACGAUCCCCCUCGACAGGGCGACGACUCGAUCCAAGUCUGGCCUGUAGAAAACGAAAAAGUCAUUGUGACUGCUGCGUCUGGCGUUGCGUUUUAUGAGGUCUUCCUUGAAGGCGACAUCGAAUGCCACUACUGGGAAGAGUAUGGAUAUGUAGAGGGCCCAAACUACGGUUCUCACCCAAAGCAAAUUAUCUUGACGGAAGCGAUUCUAAAAAACAGCGUACCCGAGAAUCGAAAGACGGCCAAGUUCCAGAAGAUUUGCAUCAAAUCAAAGUUCGGUGGCAGCCUUGACAUAGACAAUUUUGCCACAUUGGCCUCAAAAGCCUCCAAGGUCAAGCUCUCAAAUGGACGGCUGGCUUUUCGAAGUCGCAGUCUCGGUCUCUCGCAACUGGAUGGUUCGACGCCUGAGGAGAUCGUCUUCCAUAGCACCGUUCAGAAGACGAAGCUGCUCACCCAGGUUCGUGUUUACCACGGAAAUUUCGUCGAUGGGAUGGAAUUUAUCUACGAGGACUCUACAACACAAUUGUUCGGAAAGAGGGGGGGAACACCGGGUGGCAGCGAAUUCAACCUUGAUACCCGACGAGGGGAGGUUAUCAGUGGUUUUUAUGUUAGGAGUGGUCAUUGGAUUGAUGGUAUUGCUAUCAUCACCAGUUUGGGCAGGAAGUCCCCUCUUUACGGGCAACCAAAUGGCUCUGAGUCAUAUCUGAUCCCACCGAUUGGCUAUAGUCUUGCUGGCGUUACUGGAUCGAGCGCGGCUUGGGUAGAUGGGUUUGCUAUGGACAAACAAAAGAAGCUUCUCUCGGAGGAUAACAGUCACUUUACGAUGAUUAAGAUGCUUCAUCUCGCCGAUCUCAUCACCGAACUGAAUGGUUUCUGUGGAGUCAUGUCUAUCUUCUCCUCGAUGCGGUACUGCCUUGGUCCACCUUCCGCACAUGCGAACCUCUGGUAUGCGUUGGCUUUCAUGCCAUUUGGUUUAUUCUUCGACUUUAUGGAUGGAAAGGUCGCGAGAUGGAGGAAGAAGAGCAGUUUGAUGGGACAGGAACUUGAUUCCUUGGCAGACUUGGUCUCCUUUGGACUUUCUCCAGCAGCGGCGGCAUUCGCGAUUGGUCUUCGCACACCCAUGGAUCACGUCUUCCUCACAUUUUUCGUCCUUUGCGGCUUGACUCGCCUUGCUCGCUUUAAUAUCACAGUUGCUAAUGUCCCAAAAGACGACACCGGAAAGAGCAAGUACUUUGAAGGUACUCCAAUUCCAACUUCAUUAUCGAUUGCUGCCCUGAUGGCAUAUUGGGUUGGUCAAGGAUGGAUCCUGGAUGACCUACCAAUGGGAACUUGGGCUACGGGCACUGUAUUCGAGUUCCAUCCUGUCGUUGGCUUGUUCAUCCUGAGUGGCUGUCUGAUGACGAGCAAGACUUUACAUGUCCCGAAGCCAUAG